CUCAUCUGUUUAUCUAUUUUGCUGUUGUGUUGAUGUUCUGCGGUUGUGCUGUCAAUGCUGCUGUUGGCGCUGCUGCUGUAAUUUUGUGUGAGCUGCUGCGUUUGUUGUUGCUGAUUCUGAUGUACCGUUGCUGCUCUAGGUCUCUGUAGGAGGAUGUGGUGCUAUCUUCGGUUCCUUUUGUUUCUGAUUUGUAGCUAUUUUCUGUUUUAAUUGUUCUUAUUUUUAUUCUUGUUGUUUGUUUCUCCCUAGUGGUUGCUGUGACUGAUUACUUGUAAAGCCCUUUCUGGGCUGUAACCUUUUCUUUUUCCCGUUUCCGUUUAAUUAAUAAAUGAUUUCACCUUUACCAAAAAAAAAUAUAGUGUUUGUUCUCCUAUUGAUGUUCAAGUACGUUCCAGCAAAAUGGUGAUACUAAUUAUCCUUUUCUGUUGUUUUGCUAUAGUAUGAACUCUUCUCAGAUUUCCAAAUAGUGAGCUGUUGCUUGUCUUGCUGAGGGCCCGUUUAGAGUUUUAUUCUUGGUCCAAAUGUUUCUGUUUCACAGCAAAGCGGAUGAAGGAGGAAUUCAAGAAAUGAUGACAGAAAGAGAAGGCAGCGGAUUCACAGAGAGCUUGCUGAUAUGCGGUGUUGCUACCAGAGGAUAUGAAAGGAGCUCGUUCCAAAAGCACAGUGAAUCCAUAUUUCCAGCCAGCCACCGACGCCAUUUUUGCAGUUUUCCUUCUUGUUCCGACUCCGAGCCUUCCUUUCUUGGGUAAUGAAGGUAUGAACAAAAUGUGAAAUUCUUCAUCUAUAAACUAACCAAUAAAGACGAAUCCGGUCUGAGAUUGCAAAGUAGAUUUUGAUUUUGUCCCCUUUCUUCUCAGUUGAAUCUCAGCCACACGAUCCAUCUACCCUCCUCACACAUCAAACGUAUCAAUCAAUCCCGUUACCACCAUCAUCAUCAAUGACGUCUCUCAAUUCCAUUCAAUCCCCACUGCCCUUUCUGCUCGAUCUCGUUAAUAAAUUUUUGGUUCUUAUCUCCCCAACAAGAAUAAUAAUAACAAAUAAAAGAGCCCAUAAUUUCCCUCCUCUCUCUCACUCUUCCUACCGAAUCCCUAUACAUACGCAUUUCCAGACCCUGUUUCCUCUCCCCAAACAGAAAGCUCAAAAUCAGCUUCUGUAUUCUCCUUCUACUCUGUUUUCUUCCAUUCUUCUCGCAGCAGUUUGUUCUGCUCUAGCCAUGGCCAGUAACAACGGAGAUGUGAAACUGAUCGGCGCCUGGGCGAGCCCUUACGUAAUGAGGCCUAGAAUCGCUCUCAACGUCAAAUCCGUCGAGUACGAGUUCCUCCAGGAGCAGUUCGGGUCCAAGAGCGAGCUCCUCCUCAAAUCAAACCCUGUCCACAAGAAAAUCCCUGUCCUUCUGCACAACGGCAAACCCAUUUGCGAAUCCAGCAUCAUCGUCGAGUACAUCGACGAGGUUUGGUCCUCCGGCCCUUCCAUCCUCCCUUCCGACCCGUACGAUCGCGCCGUCGCCCGCUUCUGGGCUGCCUACCUCGACGAAAAGUGGUUCCCGAAUGUGAGAGCUGCGCCAAUGGCGGCGACGGAGGAGGCGAAGAACGCGGCGGUGGAACAGCUGAAAGAAGGGCUGGCGCUGCUGGAAGGAGCGUACGGGGAGAUCAGCAAAGGGGAGGAUUUCUUCGGCGGGGAGAAGAUUGGGUUUCUGGACAUUGCGUUUGGGAGCAUGUUGGGAUGGCUGAGAGCCGUGCAAGUGAUUCUCGGAGGAGUGAAGCUUCUCGAUGAGGAGAAGACUCCUGAUCUGUGUAAAUGGGCUGGGAAAUUUUCGGCUGAUCCUGCUGUGAAGGAUGUGCUGCCGGAGACUGAGAAGCUCCUCGAGUUUUCCAAGAUCCUUAUGGCCAAAAUGAAACCAGCCUCCUCCUCGUAGAUUGUUGGGUGGGUUUGUAAUUUUGAUGUUUGGUGAUGAAUCGAGAGACUGGGACUGUUGUAGUGGUUUGAUGAACUGAAGGAAAUAAGUGUUAAGAACACAUAGAAUGGGCACAUUUGUUUUGCUGAACUUCUAUUCGUCGCCCUAAGUUUUCAAAUAAAUCGCCCUAAACUUA